ACAGACUGGGCUCGCCAUCAAGAUUAUGUGGAUUCUACUCUGCGUCUAUCAUCUCCAAAUGUGUCCAAAACAGCACCGGUGCCCUGUGAACGACGACCGCGCGUGGUGAUCCAAACCAUCCCGUCUACAGCGCUUGUGUGAUCGCCCUCCACUCAUCCAAAUGAUCCUUCCAUUAUUAUUCCUCCUUGCAUCGCUUCUCCGACACUAUGGCUGUGAGGCUGAAUCGAGUCAUGUCAGCAAGUUUCACCUUCCAAGCGUAAAAGAGCAAAACGGAGUGCAAGAUUCCCAGCAGGAGAAGAUCAUAACAGUGUCUGGAGAGGGAAUGGUUCACAGCCCGGACUUCCCACACACCUAUCCCAGAAACAUCGCGUUGAUCUGGAGACUUGUGGCAAACGGUAACAUGAGGAUCCAGCUCAGUUUUGAUGAGCGAUUUAGUCUGGAGGACCCUGAAGAUGGAAUAUGCAAGUAUGACUUUGUGGAGAUUGAGGACCCAGUGGAGAAGACCAUCGUGGGUCGUUGGUGUGGGUCACAGCUGGUACCAGCCACUUACACCUCCAAAGGCAGUCAGAUCCAGAUCCGAUUCAUCUCUGAUGAGUACUUCCCCUCUGAGCCUGGAUUUUGCAUCCACUACUCCCUUCUGCCUGUGGCUGUGUCCGAACCUGAAGCCACUGCAGUGUUUCCUCCGUCUCUGCAGAGUAUUGAGGAGUUGACGGAAGCUGUGGCCGAGCUGAAUACAGUGGAGGAGGUCAUGAAGUACCUGGAGCCUGAGCGAUGGCAGCUGGAUAUGGAAGAGCUGUACAAGCCUACGUGGCAUGUGCUGGGGAAGUCUUUCAUCCAUAAUAAGAAAGCCCGAGGAGGAACUGAUCUGAAUCUGUUGUGGGAAGACGUUCGACUCUACAGCUGCACUCCACGUAACUUCUCCGUGUCCCUGCGAGAGGAGCUGAAGAGGACCGAUGCCAUUUUCUGGCCCACCUGCCUGCUGGUGAAACGUUGCGGUGGAAACUGUGGCUGUUGCUCUCACCGCUGCUACAACUGCCAGUGUGUUCCCACCAGGGUCACAAAGAAAUACUAUGAGGUUCUGCUGCUGAGACACCGCGGUGGUGGACGAGGCCUGCAGAAGUCCAUGACGGACGUUCCCUUGGAGCACCAUGAGGAGUGUACCUGCGUGUGCAGAGAUGACGGGGACUGACCUCGGACAUGUGUCUUAGCUGCCACUGGAUUCACGUGGGACUUUAGAACUGAAGCUCUGCUGCAGUGUGCUGGGAGUGAACAAGACUCUCUCUUUAUCCUGUGGUCCUCUCUGUAAUUGGAUGAAGCAGAACAGACUGGAAUCUAAUAAAUUUUCUGAAUGGAUUUGACCCCUGUGGAAAACCAGCGCGGUGUUUCGGGUGCAUUUCCACUGGAGUCGAUGUGGACUAUUACCUCUGUGUUCCUCAGAGAUAAGUCCUUCAUUUGGGGAUUGGAGCUUCUUUUUUUUUUUUUUUUGACUCCUCUCCUUGAGGUGUUUUUUUUUUCCUUCUUUGUCUUCUUCCUUAAGAUCUGCCGGUAUGGUCUGAAUGUGUUGUGGAAAAUGGGAGCUUCUUUUGUUCGAGUGCCUUUUUUUUUUUAUAUCCGCCAAUGAGCUGCCUCCAGCUGCCGCACUGCCUUUGCCACUCUAUUAUUAUCACCAAGGCAAAGAAGGCUGCUGGGUUUUUAUUUUUUUUAUAGGAAGUCUGAAUUUGCUUCCCUCUGGUUUCUCGCACAGAUCUACUUUUCGGUGAAACGGUGAAACACAGCCACAAUAUCUAUGACAUGUCUUCCACACCGGACUGUAUAUCAUGUAAAUAUUCCACUUUCAUGUUUGUUCUGUCAUGGCUUUUCUGCCAAAGAUCCUCAUGAAGAUGAACAUUUCACGUUGAGCCCUUUGACCCAUCUCAGCAGUGCUCAAUGCUUCAGGAAUAGCUUCAAGCAGCUGCUGGUACUUCUGAGGUUGUUCAUAUUAAAUAUUUAUUUGUAUUUUGAAAGGGAAAUUUAAGUCCAAAACAUGCUGUUUGAAAAAUGUGUCACUGUACAGUAGUAAUAGCCAACACUUUUUCUGUCUUCAUGAAUUUUAUGGUUUGUUUGUUGUUCUGUGGGUGUUUUUUUUUUCUUUCUUUCUUUCUAAUUUUCUGUAUACCAAAGUUAUUUAACUUUUGCAAAAAGUGUUUAUCUAUGUCACUGUAUUGACCAUCAGAAAUAAAUGCUUCAGUUUUUAA